AUGACUAUCGCCAUCUCCGGCGUGAUGGCGCAAUUUGUCGGUGUUCGCCUUCCCGGCUCCAGCCGGACUCUGCAGCUGUGUGAGGUUCAAGUGUACACAAGUGAUGAAUCUAUAGAAACUUCUGUGAUGCUGGGGUCUCCGGUCGAGGGGUCUCAAUCUGGAGUUCUGGCAUUCCAGUCUCCUACCAGUGUUCGCCCUCUCGGCCUCAUCGUCAACCUCAGUGUAGAGAUCACGGUCGGCAACUUCCCUCCAGUAACGCUUCACACAAUCCUUCACGUUGUGCCAGAUGACUCACUGGGAGAACUGAGUCUACAAUGUGAAAAUCUAGGAUCUGAAGCAAACUGCAAUCCAUCCAACAUUGCGUCUACAGAGGCUUUAGAACUGUACACAGAGUCAGAAAUAUUCGGAACGACAGAAUUUUCCCUGGAAGAAUUCCCGACAGGUUUUCUGGACCAGGACUGGACCUCCGGCAUAGACAGUGAAAUAUCUGAUGACACUCGACUACGAGUACUAGCUGGGACUUUCUGGGCUGAAGGGUUUUACACCAUACGGCUUACCGAUCACCAUGUCACUGCGGAUGCAGAUUUGACCAGGAUCGCUGAGUGGCGCUUUAACGUCUUGCCCACACCGGAGGCAGUGUUGGGAGCAAGUUCAGAUGAGUCAUCAGAGACCAGUAGCCUGGCAGAUGCCUGUACAAUCAUGCCUUCGGAAGGAGUCUCCCUGAUCGACAAGUUCUGCGCCAAGUGUGUCGAGUUUGAUGAUGUCCUGGGCCCAGUGGAGGUAACCAUGAGUUUCCAGUUCAUCCCAGUGGGGGUAGAGAUGGCCACGGCAGCAUUUCCUGGAGACGGUCCUCCUACGGACAACAGGAUCUUCAUGACAGCAUCUACACAAUGGGUUCCUUACAUACCCUUGGUUGACCUGGCUACCGGCUACCUGCUGUUGACUCUUCGCGCUACGUCAGUGGACGGGCGCUAUACUGAGUUUGAUCUGCCACCAAUGGAAUUUUUGGAGUCGAAUUUCAACCCUUUCGAGUACUCCAACAACUCGCGUGAGGUACGCAGUGAUGUCACGGGUCUCGGGGUGAAGUGUGGGAACCGCACACUUCCGGUUUCCGGUCUCAGCCAACCAAUCGACAUUCUAACCCGUAGGAAGAAUGAAAGUCUUGAUGGUUCUAUCUACGUGUUUGAAACGUCGGCUCCAAUUGGCAACCUGACAGUGUUCCAGUUUUUGGUUGGGAAGGAGCAGUCCACCUUAACCUUCCACCUUGACUUCAACUCCACCCGUUUUCCUCAAGACAUCUCACUGUAUCUUCGCAAGGGCGGUGUGCCAUCACAAGACGUCUUCAACUGGACAGCUACCCUUCCUGUUCAAAAGGACCAGUUGUUCUCUGUCGGCCCCCUCACCAACUCAACCCAUAUCCACUGUCGCUGUGACCACCUGACCAAGUUUGCGGGAUUCGUUCCGCCGAACCCUCUCAACAUCCAAGCGGCUCUGUCUGCUAACGUACUGGAGAAUCCCGCAGGACUGGUCCUGGUUCUCUCCGUGUUCGCUGCUUACCUGUUCGGUGUACUGCUGACGAGAAAGGCAGAUAGAAGGGACUUACUGAAGGUUGGGGUUGGACUGCUUCCCGGUCAUGUCCUGAACCCACAGAAAGACUGUCAGUAUGUCAUCACUGUGUACACAGGCUUCAGGGGGAAUGCUGGGACAACUGCAGAGGUAACAAUAGUCCUGAAUGGGCUUCAGAAGGAGAGCGUCCCGUUCAGACUGCGUGACCCACGGCGGGUUCUGUUUGAGAAGGGCAGCGUGGACUCCUUUCUGGUGUCGACAGAAGAACCACUGGGAGAGCUGACUCAUGUGCUGGUGUGGCACAGCAACCAGGGGUACAGCCCCGGAUGGUUUUUGAGCCAGAUUGUGGUGACAAACAGAGCAGGGAACAACUCUACCUAUUUCCUGUGCAAUAGAUGGCUUUCUGUGGAGAAAGAUGACGGAAAAGUCCAGCGGAUCAUCCCAAGAGCAGUGCCAGAGGACUUGCAAAAGUUUCGCAACUUGUUUCUGGCAAAAAGUGCAAGGGACAUGAACGACGGCCACCUGUGGUUCUCCGUGGCUGGCCGCCCGGCACGCAGCCCGUUCACCCGAGUCCAGCGCCUGUCCUGCUGCCUGACGCUGCUCUACAGCACCAUGCUUACCAACAUCAUGUUCUUCGGCCGCGGGGACGACUUCGACCCGCCAGAACCACUCAGAUUCGCCGGGACAGAGAUCAACCCACCCGUCUCACUACCACAGAUCAUGAUUGGCAUACAGACUGCAGCCAUAAUCCUGCCGGUGAAUGUGCUCAUAGUCUUCCUGUUCUGUAACUCUGGUCCGCGGGUGACAAACCAAACGGAAAAGAAGAAGAGUCGUGACAAUACCAAAUCAUCAUUGCCCUGGUGGACUGUUUACAUAGGCUGGUUGCUUGUCUGGUCGGCGAGUUUCGUGGCUGCGUUCUUCACCGUCCUGUACAGCCUGAGUUUCGGGCGUGCGAAGGCGGAGGCGUGGCUCUGUGCCUUUCUCACGUCGUUUGUCACCGACCUGUUCCUCAUGCAGCCCUUCAAGCUCAUCAUAGUGGCCGUCAUUUUUUCUUUGAUAUCGAAGAAACCAGUAGAAGAGGAUGAUCCACCAACAGAACCUCUACAGUCUGAUGAGGAAUUUCUGCAGACUGCGUCCAGAGAAGAGCAAGGCGACUCCAGUGAAAUGAUUCCCGAUUCCGGCCAUUCCAACUCCCCACCAGACGAAUCCAGUCUGGCCGAUCAGCGACGGAAGAACGCAGAGAAGGGCAAACAGCGCGCCGCUGUCCUGGAGGUCCUCAUGUUCGGGUUCUUCAUCAUCAUCAUCAUGGCGGCCUCCUACAGGGAGAGAAGCCCCAUGGCAUUCUACAUGACUCAGAAUGUGGAGAGGCAAAUUCUUGGUGCCGGUGAUGUUGUAUUCUCUGAGAUCCAUGACAUCCUGUCAUGUUGGAGCUGGAUAACAACUGGGUUGCUGCCUGCCCUGCAUGCGGUGAGCUGGUACAACGGCAGGGGGGCUCCAGACACCGCGGUACUGCCUGACAUGGUCUCCUACCCACUCGGUCUGGUACAGCUUCGACAGGUGCGGCUUUCACCAGGGCGACACUGUGAAACACCCAAACCAAUGCUGAAUGUGACAACACGCUGUAGUGUGCCGUUCUCCCUCAGUCUGGCAGACACACAGAACUACACCUCAGGAUGGGCUCCACUCAACACGACAGACAACUCGACUUAUCACGGCCAUGUUUGCGAUUCUCCCAACACUAAGAGAUUUCCUGGGUUAUACGACUGCGAUGGUAACACAAGCCCAUGGACACACACCUCUGUUUCACUAACUGACGAUUUUCCGUACAUCGGAGGGCAUGGCUCCUACAUUGGCGGUGGCUAUGUUACCCGGCUCGGGACAACAAACGAGGCUACCUUCCUUAAACAGCAAAACUGGUUGGACCAAAAUACCCGGGCACUUUUUAUAGAGCUCAUCCUGUACAACCCACACGUGAACUUGUUUUCGGUCGUCUCAUUGGUCGUUGAGUUCACCAAUCUCGGAUCAGCUUACAAGAGUUCAGAGGUCAUAACCGUGCGCCUCAUUCAACACGACGCCAUGUUGCUUCUCCUGCUGAGAGGGGUACUGGCUCUGUUUCUUUUCUACUUCGUUCUUCACGAAGGGAAGUCACUGUUGUCUCGGCCGCUGGAGUAUCUGUGUGAGUUCUGGAGCUGGGUGGAACUGCUGGUCAUCACCGUCGGUUUCUCCACACUCGGGAUCUACUUCCACACACAGAACAUCAUAGACGAGGUGGCAGAACAGCGCAAAAACGGCAACUCAGCCUUCCAACUGUACAAAAGCGCCGUCAGCUGGCUACAAGUCUCUACCUACCUACAGGGGCUUCUCAUCAGCUUCGCCACCUUAAAGUUUAUCCGCCUUCUUCGCUUCAACUCUCACGUACACGCCUUGUCUGUCAUCAUGGGAAAAUCACUUAAACCAAUCACUAACUUCAUGUUUACUGUAGCUAUCAUUUUGAUGGCUUUCAUCCUACUGAUGACUUUGACCCAAGGUGCAAGUAGCAAUGAGUAUAAGAGCUUAAGUUCUACUCUACAAAGUCUUUUGCUUAUGAUGCUAGGUAGUUUUGACUUUGAAGCCCUGUCCUCCGGGCAUAGAAUACUUGGUCCGUUGGCGUUCUUUUUGUACCAGGUUGUGAUGCAGUUUAUUUUGUUGAGCAUUUUUAUGGUGAUCCUUUUCGAUGUGUAUGAAAACGAAGACAUGGCGACAAAUCCGUACGAUCUUAGGUUUGCUUCAUUCUUAAAGGAGGCGGCAUCAGAGGCAGCCAAGAAGGUCAAAGACACUUCGUCCAAGGGAAAAAGAAACAGACCGAAGAUGGAAAGACAUUUUUCCACAGAAAUGAUUCCAAAAAUAAACCGUGGCUUCAGUGAACUGAAGUGGUAA